UCCCUCCCUAAUAGGCGGGGCAUCAGAUGCAACGAGAAAAUGUCAACAACAUGCCGGAGUCUUUCAGGGAAACAGAAACUGAAGAGCAAAGAGCUCGAGGAAACCAGUCGCCUCCCAACAUCGUGUCUGCGAUAUCUCAGUUCGCAGAUGAUAAUUUAACACUUGUGCGGAACAUAAGCACCGGGCUGGCAGUUGCUGGUGUUGUUGUAAUAGCAAGGAGUAUCAGACUGGUCACCAAAUUCCAAUCUGUGUCUGAAAUCCCUGCUCGUUUCAUUGAGAGGAACGUCAGCCUUCGCGGGAAAGUUCAUUCCAUCACAGAGAGAGGGGUUGAAGUGGAACAUGUCCCGAUUUACCUGCCAUUCGUCUCUCCCUUACUUUCAAAACACAAAGGUGUGGGCACAUCCACAAUGUUGGUGCAUCUUGCAGGGGUGGAGGUGACUCCAGAGGGCAAGGUAUGGCUGCAGAAGAACUUGGCUCCUGCCCAAACCGUAUGGCUAAAACUGAUCAGCCGAGAGGACGACACACUGCACUGUUUGGUUUCUCAAAGCAAGCAGGGGUCGAUGUGGAGCUGCUGUAUCAACGAAGAGGUCCUCAGGCUCGGUCUGGCCCGCACUGCGCCCAUUGUCGGAGUCGUGCCCGACUCUCGGCUCUACUGGCGUCUCCACAAACGGCUCCACAGGGCAGAGGUCAGAGCUGAGAGGAAGGGGCGGGGACUGUGGAAGCAGGACAGCCUAUGGGAGAGGGUCUCCAAGGCUGUCAGGGACAGCACUUUAUUCAGACUGAUGAGCAGGAUCUUUAAAAGGACCUGAUGCACUAAGUGACUGAUUGUUCUGAUGGUUGAAAAUCAAAACAUGUUCUGUUUUAUUUAUACUGUACACCUGUUAUUGCCACCUGAUAUGCUCACACAUCUAAAAGCAGUUUAUAAGUCUCACUUCAGGCCAUCCAUCACUAAUCUGACACACUGUGACAGAUAUGCUUCUCUGUGUUAUGGAAACAGUUAAAUGUCCCUAAUAGUAAGAAAAUAAGAACUCUGAUUUCUACUUUCCUUGUUACACCUGAAGGUUCAUGGUUUAUACUCCUAAUAAAAAAACUAAACCCUCAGCUUUCCUUUACCCCA